UCAAGAAAAGGAGCGGUCUCUGGCUUUGGCUCAACCAACUUCACUCUCCUACACUACGUGUACUCACAUCACACAUAAAGACUCAAGUCCGGCCCCUCUUCGAACUCAAAAUAAUUUCUUCUUCCAUCCAACUUUGACUCCCAAACAAAGAGAAGCGCUCGCCAAAAAUAGGUCUCCACAAGUACAGUACGGCGGGUUUCGAAACACCGUCGCAAUCACCGCCAUCCAGUCAAGCUGACUCUGGGCCCUGCACACAAAGCGAAUCCACAGCCAACACCACCAUCACCUAGUCACAGUCAUCGGCUAUUGUCACCUCUAAGCGCAUUGUUGUUACAGCUUUCUCUGACGUCGAAGGAAAAACUACAUAAAUCGACUGUAUUCCCCUUCCAAAUUUAUCUACCAAUAAAUCACUCCACCAACCUGUCCUACCUACACCUAUCGCCAACAUGACGAGUAUGAUUGCGAAGUUCGUUGCCAGGAGGAUUCUUGGUGAACGCCUCGAGAACAAUUAUGGAAAAGACGUAUGUUACUUAUUUUCUUUACUCCGGCCAUUUAACUAAUUUGUAAAAAGGACCCAUACUUUGAAACCGUUCCUGCCACUCGUCUAGAUGGUCGUCCAUCCAGCAAAAAGGGAAAGAAGAGACCUAAGGCUUUGCCACCUGGUAUUUCGGAGCAGGAUGGUAAAGUCCUAACCAAAGUUAAGCGUCGCGCAUACCGACUAGACAUGAGUCUUUUUAAUUGCUGCGGAAUCGCUUUCGGUUGGUCUAGUGUGAUUGGUAUAAUUCCUGUGUAAGUGGAACUCUUCCUCAUGCACUCUCACUUCCAAUGCUGAUUGAUUUCUAGUGUUGGUGAUGUGCUCGAUGCAUUCAUGGCCCUCAUGGUUCUCCGAACAUGCCAGCAAGUCGAAGGAGGUCUACCAAAAGACGUCAACGCAAAAAUGAUGUUCAACAUCAUCGUCGAUUUCGGCAUUGGACUGGUUCCUUUCUUGGGAGAUAUUGCAGAUGCACUGUUCAGAGCCAAUACCAAAAACGCCAUCGUACUGGAGGAAUAUCUUAGAAAGAAGGGCGAAAAGAAUCUACUUGAGCAAGGUCGCCAACCCCCACGAGAUCCCAGCGAUCCAGAAAUCUUCGAUGACCAAGUAAGAGAUGAACUUGCACCGCCGCCAAAGUACACUACCCGCCCAAACACUUCUCUACCAAUAUAUACGACGCGCCCAAAUACCUCUGUACCAAACCAUACGGCCACAUCUGAUAACAGACAACGCGAAGAAGUUGUCGCUCCACCAACGAGGAGUGGCUGGUUCGGUGGACGAUCCAAACAAACCGAUGAGGAACAAGCUUUGGAACGAAAUGAAGUGCGCAAAGACAGUGCUCGAAGAGAGCAGGCUGGCAGGAGUAGCAGACGCUAAACAAAUUUACGAAUUGAAUGUAUGAUGAAAAUUUGGGCUCUUUGUACAAUUGGUUGAGAAAUAAGGGGUGUUUAGGUUUAGAGAAUGCGGACUGUGUCAUUCAAGGAUAUGGAUACUACCUACGGCCUAGAAUAUUCAUGGGUGGUUAUUUUCACGUAGCGAGAUAGAUACCCAUAAAUCAACAAUAUUAAUGAGAAGAAUCAUGAC